AUUCAAAUGACUACGCUACACGUGAAUGACCGGGAAGGCUGCUGCUAUUGGUUGGAAUAUGUCACAUGUUAGUAGUGAAGAUGGCGUCGCCAAAUGGAGGUGAUGACUUUGAGUCGUCUCUGCUGAGCUUUGAGAAGCUGGACCGAGCCUCACCAGACCUCUGGCCAGAGCAGUUGCCCGGAGUUGCAGAAUUCGCCGCAUCUUGUAAAAACCCCAUCACUGACUCUCCCCCUAAGUGGAUGGCGGAGCUGGAGAAUGACGACAUUGACAUGUUAAAAGAGCUGGGUAGUCUCACCACCGCAAACCUCAUGGAAAAAGUGAAAGGGCUACAGAACCUCGCCUAUCAGCUGGGCCUAGAGGAGUCCAGGGAAAUGACCAGAGGGAAGUUCCUCAACAUCCUUGAGAGGCCGAAGAAGUAACGAUUGGACCAAUUGUUUAAUGUCAUCAACGACAACUGAGACAGGUUGGAGGAAGGCGGUCCUGAUUCGGUUCCUCUAGGAGACUGAGACAAACAACAACGCCCCCAAACAGUUGGAAUCACCCCCAACCACUGGGGGGCAGCAACAUUUCCUCCAGGGGAGCUCACUUUGGUUGGGAUAUUUUUCCUCUACUUAUCAUCAAUGCAGCGGACUUGAAUAUUUGCAGUACACUUUCCCAAUCCCCGGAUGUACGUUCCCUAUUUAUUCAUAUUUCUAUUUUAAAAAACUUGGUUUAGAAUUUUGAGAUUGCUGAAAUGUUGUAUAAUAAAGUUUGACAAUGAACAGAA